AUGGAUUUUACAAUAGAAAAUACUUUACAACAGAUUAUGGCGAAAGCUAAAGAAAAUCCCGAAAAUGAAAAGAAAGUAUAUCAGUCUCUAGAGUCAUUGCUUCGAUAUCUUCAAGAUAUAUUUUUCGAAACAACUAUUGAACCACCAAAUCAAUCGUCAAGUAAUACUGUUGAACCAAAAAAGAUCACAAAAAAGCUUGUCAAUUAUGAUGAUAAAGAAAAGGCUAAAGAAUUUCUUGAAGAAAUUUCACAUCGAUAUUCUCAUUCAUUUUCACAACCAGAAUUAGUUAAAUUUGCUACUUCUAUUGGACCAAAACAUGGAAUUUUUAUUAGUCGAGAUCAAAAACGAAACAAAGUUUUAAUCACUUUAUGGUUAAAGUCACAUUUCGAAAUUCUAGAGCAAGAAUUAGGAGAGUAUGCUUCAACUUUGCAAAAGAUCGAAGAACCAGCUUUGAUAGCAGGAAAAUAA